AUGUAUGUGAAAUGGUUUGAUACAGUAAUGUUUUAUGUUAUUUUAGUAAAUUUAGGGUCAAUGUCACUUUUUGUCAUUUUCAAAUUUCCCGCCGUUCCGUCCCCAUACGUCCCAACGCUCGCAGGGGAUGGAACCCAUAUGACAGAUGCCAGCAUCCGCUGGAGGACACUGCAGGAGGGACAUCGCGGGAGCACAGGACAACGUAAGUGAAGAAAAGAUUCCGGAGCAGCGCCGCAUGGUAAGCCCGAGUGUGAUUGGGGGUUACCACUUGUGCUACACUUGGGAAUACCGCCAGGGAGGCUACG